AUGAAUGAAGCAGCGCGCGUGGGUGCGACUCGUGGUAUCGGGGACGAUAUUGAGCGAUGCCCGCUUACCACCCUCUUCUUAUCGGUCUACCCAACGGCGUCACAGGCGAACCAAGCGACCCGCAAGAAUCUGUUGGACGACCGGGAGGCCAUGAAGCAGAGCAUCAGAGGCCUGCGCUCGAGGAUAGAGCAGCUGGCGGGAGAGCGCGAGCGCGCGGAAAAGGACUCGCUGGAGCACACCCGCCUCUGGCAGGAGAGGGCCGAGGGGCUCAAGGCGCAGGGUCUCCAGGUCGCAGACCUCCAGAAGAAGAUAGCGGCGGCCGUGGCCCGCCUGAAGCAGCAGCAGAAUCUCUACGAGGCAGUGAGGAGCGACCGCAACGUCUACUCCAAGAAUCUCAUCGAGACUCAGGACGUGAUCAAGGAGAUGAAGCGGCGGUUCAAGUUUAUGAACCACCAGAUCGAGCACCUCAAGGACGAGAUUACCAUCAUGGACCACUCCUUGGUCAAGGAGCACUUCCACCACCACAAUGUGGACAAGGAUAAGGAGUCCCUCCGCAACGACGUCACUAAGGUGAAGAAGCAGAUCGUCUCAGGGGAGCACAUCGCACUACAUCAGCGCUCCGAGCUGCAGAAGCUGACUCGCAUCAUACAGGAGGCCGACGAGGAGCGACAACGACAGGCAAGAAGGUGGGUGAUUGCAGAAGGUGUGGGUGGUGUGUACAUUGGUGCUGCCUUUCACCGUGUGAAAGAACACGAUGCCAUCGUCGGCGAAAAGGGUGUCCUGUUUGGCCAGCUGAUGAAGCGGAACGACGAGCUGUCCGUGCUGUACGACAAGAUACGGAUCCAGACCUCGAGCCUGCACCAGGGGGAGGUACGUUACCAACAGCUGCUGGACACCAUCGCGGACCUGGAAGGGCAGAUCAAGUCUAUGGAGAAAGACCUGGUGUCGUCGAUGUCGCAGGCGGGAGACCUGAAUGAGCUCACGACAGCGUCGAACAAACUAGAGAAGGACCUGAUGCGCGAGCGGGCCAAGAUGACUGCGCUUGUAGAGGAACUCGAACUUCCGCUCAACGUACACCGCUGGAGAAAGCUAGAGAGCUCGGACCCCGAGCGAUACGACCUGGUAAGGAAAGCCCAGUCCCUGCAACGCAACCUCGUGUCCAAGACGGAGAGUGCGGUGAAGAAAGACCUGCUCAUUCAAGAAAAGGAGAAGCUGUACAUUGAGCUGAAGACUAUCCUAGGGCGGCAGCCGGGACCGGAAGUCGCGGAGCAGCUCGCGGUCUACCAAGAGAACUUGAAGCACAAGGUGAAGCAGAUGAGGGCCAUGGAGGCCGAGCUGGGCAUGUACAAGCAGCAGGUUGAUCUCUUCAAGUCCGACAUCGAGGCCGCCAACGAGGCAAUGCGCGCGCUACGACAGCGCUGGGUCGCCGACCAGAGGCGCAGCAAGAUGAAGCAGGGAGGGAGUGGGAGCGAUGAGACCAUUAACCUUACCGCGAACACGUGGGACUCGUCCUCGCCCGUUGGGGCGACCGCUAGCGCCGACACCAUGGCAGGAGCUCUUUCCGUGCUUGCCGUAGCAACCGCCGCAGUCACCCGAGAGCGGAGGCGGGCAAGUCGGGUAGCUCGGGCAAAGAUGAUCGUGCGGCGUGGCGUGCGAGUGCUCCUGGCAAUCGAUAUCGGCAGCUCUUCUGUAAGGUGCUCGGCCUACACGGUGGGAUCUCCGCCGAUGCUCGUGCCCGGCUGCGCUGUGCAACUCAAGCAUGCCAUCGUGAAGGAAGACGGCACAGCGGAUGCGGAACAAGUCAUCUUGCUCGUUGAUGCGGCGGUGGACAAAUGCUUUGGCGAACUCCGCGCUCGAGAGGUGGCGCACGCCGUGAUAGCCGUCGGCUUCGCGUGUUUCGGCAUGAACCUGGUCGGUGUCAACGCCAGCGGAAAGCCAUGCACCCCGGUCUUCACCUACGCCGGAAGCUCCGGUGCUUCUUGUGGUCCAUCCUCGUCUCCACCCCCACCCGCAGGAGGCGGGCCUCCCAAAGACCCUCCCCCCGGUGACUGCUUCGAGGAGGAGGACGUGGUGAAACGGUUGCGGAAGUCCCUCGAAAUGAUGGGGAGCGGGGGGAAGGGCGGCCUGGAGGAGGCACGGCAGCGAACGGGCGCUCCGACGCAUGUUUCCUACGCACCGGCCCAGCUGCUGCGUUGGCUCCGGGAAACGACGACGGCAGGAACGGUGGCGACGCCGACGAAGGAGAGGGUGAAGGGGGGGGAGUCGAAUCAGCGGCGGUGGCGGUCGCCGCAGCGGUCACAGGUGAAGCUUUGGCAGACCCUGCCAAGUCUCAUCGCCGCUAGGUGGUGUUGCCUGAGGAGCGCCCCGGUGAGCUACUCGGAAGCCUCCUGGACGGGUAUGCUGGAUUUACGGAAACUGGAGUGGGACACCCACACUCUCUCCGUCCUCAGCGAGGCCGGAUUCGACUGUUCGGCGUUGCCACGGUUGGCGGACAUCGGCGACCUGCGAGCAGGCGCAAGUGGAGCCACCCUGAAGCGGUGGCCGGAGCUUGACGGAGCAUCGAUCCGACUGGGACUCGGGGACGGCGCGGCGGCCUGCCUGGGCUCGGGGUGUGACGAAACAUCCCGUAAGAUCGCCGUUACGAUGGGCACCAGCGCGGCUGCCCGGGUCGUGCUUCGCAUGGACAGGAAAGAGCCUACCCCGGCGGCGGCGAGGGAAGCAGCGGGGGCAUCCACAGAUGGGGUUGACGAAGCGGUUCCAGCAGACGACGUGUUGUUUCACGUUCCGAGGGGCCUCUGGUGCUACCGGGUGGACCGACACAGGGCCGUGCUCGGCGGGGCGUUGACGGACGGCGGCUCGGUGUUCGAGUGGCUCCGCAACACGCUGGCGCUGGCCCCCGGGGAAGACAUGGCGGGGGUGAUGGAGGAAGCGGAGCGCAUGCCCCCGGCCAGCCACGGCUUGACGGUCCUGCCCUUCUUUUCCGGAGAGCGCUCGCCAGGAUACAACGACGACGCAACAGCGUGCAUCUUCGGGCUCCGGCGGUCCACCACACGCCCGCAACUCGUACGCGCGGGGCUCGAGUCGGUGUGCUUGAGGCUGGCCGUGAUCGUAGACCUCAUGAAAGACCUCACGGACGGCGGCAGCAUGAAAGGCUCGAGCUCAAACGAGCACGAACCCGAGACCUUUUCCGCCGGCGCGUUGGUUCGGGACCACGAAGACGCUGAGGUCGUGACGAGCGGCAACGCUUUCGCGGCCUCGCCGUUCUGGCGGAAGAUUCUCGCGGAUUCCCUGGGCAGGACGGUCCGGGCGUCCGGCGCGACGGAGGAAACGUCGCUGGGUGUCGCCGUCAUCCUCUCCUCCCUGGAGAGCGAAGCCCUGCGGCAGGCGUCGGCGGUGCCUGGCUCGCUGCUGGCGGCAGGGCUGGCAACGGCGGGGGAGACACGGAGCUCGAGCCAAGAGAAUCGCACUGCGCCGGCCGUAACAGCCGUGCACACGCCGGACGAUGCAUCCUUCCGGGCGUAUCGGGAAGCCGGGCUAGCGCAACAGCGGGCGUACCGGGCUGUUUUUGGCGACGCAGCGGGGGACCCGCACCUCCCCGUCGAGCCCACAGGGACAACGAUUGACUGA